UGAUAAUCGUCAUCGUCUCAGGACAUUCUGGAAUGGUAUGCGAGCCGUGGCGUGGAUGGCUUCAGGAUCGACUCUGCCGCCUACCUGAUCGAGGAUCCGUCAUACGAAGACGAACCACUUACAGGACUGACCAACAAUACCUUGGAUAUGAAUUACGUCGACAGAAGCAAGACGAAGGAUCAGCCGGAGACCUACGACAUCAUAAGUAGUUGGAAGCGGGUACUCGACAAGUUCAACGAGACCAAGAUCAUAAUGAUCGAAGCUUACACAAACUGGACCAGUACCAUGAAGUAUUACGAUGCGGGUGCCGACAUGCCCUUCAAUUUCCAAUUGAUCACGGAUAUACAUAAGAACUCGAAUGCGAGCGAUCUGAAGAGAAUAAUCGAUCGGUGGAUGGAAGGUAUGCCGGAGGGUAGCGUUGCUAACUGGGUGGCUGGAAAUCACGAUAACCCGAGGAUGAAAAGUCGGCUGGGACCACAGAUAGCUCGCGCGGCCACCGUGAUGACGCAGUUGUUGCCUGGUGUCGCUGUAACGUACAACGGUGAUGAGAUCGGAAUGACAGACGGUCCGAUCUCGUGGGAAGACACAGUGGAUCCCCUGGGAUGCGCCGCUGGCAAAGAUGGAUACAAGUCGACCUCUAGGGAUCCUGAGAGGACCCCCUUCCAAUGGGACAGGUCAACCUCUGCUGGAUUCUCCACGAACAACAAAACCUGGCUUCCAAUUAACCCGAAUUACAAGACCGUCAAUGUUGAAUCGGAGAGGAAAAACCCUGGCUCCGACUACAACAUGUACCUGGCACUCGCGAAGCUGAGGAAGACUUCGAUGGUCAAGAAUGGACAACUGAUAACUAUGACGACAGAUAAUGUUUUGCUUAUAGCCAGGAAGUCCGACUACGACGGAGCUGUUUACGCAGCAGUGAACGUUGGAGACAAGAGAACAAAGGUGAACAUGUCUGUAUUCAACACCAGGUCGCAACAUGCUAAGCCAAUGCGUUUGUAUUAUUCUUCGCCUGAAUACAAAGCGGCACCCAAGGCCCUCGCCACCAAUCGCACGAUCCACCUCCCACCAUCCGCAGUGGUGAUCUACAUCGACGACUACGGUUUUUAAAGCACACUCUACUUUAAUUCGAUUAUUAUAAAUGUACUCUGUCAGCGUUAAAAUAAACACUGACCGCUCGAAUGUACCUUAUUGAAAUUUAAAUUUCGUACCUAGAUAUGGGUACACAAUAUUUCAAGGAAUAAUAUUCAGUAGCAAAUACCA